AUGGAAACCGUUGUGAACGCAAUUUCUGGGCUUGAUUGGAAAGCAACUAAGUUCCUGGAAUUUCGGAAAGUUGUAGGUAAAGGCUUUCGUGGACAUACGUUGCGAAAACAAUCUCUCAACUACAAAAACAGACCAGUACACGUUGUUGUAGAGGUUUGCAGGUUAAAAUCUGAGAUGAAGGAACUUGUUGUUGAAGUGGCACUAUACGACAACCGUUUUGUAGUGGUGUGGAAAAGACCUUUGUAUCGGAUACGAGCAGAAGAGUUCGUGACGGAUCCGAAAUCUAUCCCAGUCUCCUUAUCAGUCGCCCCGACUUGUGGUUUAGUAUAUCCAAGACAAUGUGGAGUGGCUUUCGUUGGAUUUCCGACAAAUGACAUCCAUGAUGGUCAUUAUUCCGCAAUAUCACUCUCGUUGGAAGAUGGCAUAGUGUUAUGGCAUCAUUUGGUUGGCGAUUUCGAAGACUCAUCAAGAAAGUUUCAUGAUUUACUAUCAAAAAACUGGAAAUUAGGUCUGUCGAAGCAGUUUCAGUUCAGCACACAUGGUGAAUCACCGUGGAUAGAAUAUAGAAGCUGUCUUUCUCAAGUUUUGCCUGUUCGUUGGUUCGGCAUGCAUAGCAGCGAAAUCCAUCUUAUAUAUGCAGCAAAAGAUUCCAAAUACGAUUUCGGAAGUCGUUUGCCUGACCCAAAUGCAAUAGCAGUCAUCCAUCCAUUAGGUCUGGAUCUUCUGGAUUCAAAGUCUGGCCGUCCACUUACUACCAUCUCAUUAAAAUGGAGAGUCGGAUCAGUAUACGCAAUCCUGUCCACUGCAGCAUCAAACAACUUUAUUCGUUGGAAGCUAGGAUUGCCCACAAUCUACGAAAUACGAGUUUCUUCACAAAUUACCGAGUAUCCAUCAAGUGGUUUACGAGUGAAAAUGCAUCAUGCUUCUGAUGAAACUAGAGCAUCUCUUGAAAGUGAUUUUUCACAUACCGUUGACUGUCAAGGACUUUUCAUUCGUUAUGAGUAUUCAUCUAAUAAUUGGGAGUUAGAGAAAUCUGUGUAUUCAAAUUCAGUGUUCGAGGUUCAUUCAUCCACAUUCCAUGGUUUAUGUCGACCAUUCAAACUCUGGGAGUAUGCCAGACUGGGCAGAUCAGACUGGCAAGAGGACGAAAGAAAAUCACUUCCACCAAUUGUUGUUAAGAGGCAUAGUGAAAUAUCAAGUUUGGCUGGAUUGUGGCACUCACUGUUGAAUAACAAAGGUGGUGAAUUCGAUUUGCAUAUACGAAAUCAACGUUUAUCUUAUUUGAAAGAACACGAAUAUCAUGACAUUUUCUUUUUAACUUCGGAUGGAACUAUUACUUCUGUAUCAAACCAUGGUCAUGAAAACUGGCGAGUAAGUUCUGACGUCUCCUGGUUACAAGUCUCACGCACAUUGGGAAAUUUCGAAUCCCUGGCGGUGAAAGAUCUAUUGACCGAAAUUUGA